UGUUUCAAAUCAGUUUUCAGCAGAAUCGAAGUAAAAAAGAAGUUUUUUUUAUUUUAUUUUUCUGUCUCUAAAUCCGCUUACCUGGUGAGUCUGCUAACCUAGAAGGUGAGACUGUUGUAACGACCCGCACAGAAUCAGCACUGAGUCGGGAACGAAUCUGGCAACCAGUUUACACGGCCCGUAAAUUCUGUGCAGAGUGACUUCUACCAUUACACAGAGGAGUUUUAUCUUUUGAGCAUCGCAGGAAUCCAAAGGCUUCAAGAGAUUUAAACAUUCACAGAGUCCAAGAUCGUCGGAAACAUGCCCGAGGCCACAUCUUUUGCGGAAUUAAUAUUUGAAACUCUGUCCGGGGCUUUCAAGAAAAGAGACGAGGUAUCAGAGGUUUUAAAAAUGUUUGACAUGUCAAACGAAUCCAUCCAAGAGAUUAUGAAUCUUCUACGAAAAGACUUCGACAAUGGUCUCUCUGCUAGUGAAAAUCAGCGAGCGGAGAGCUCUGUCAAAAUGCUUCCUACAUAUGUAAGGGCAAUUCCAAGUGGCUCAGAAUCUGGUGAUUUCCUAGCUGUGGAUCUUGGUGGAACAAACUUCAGGUUGUUAUCAAUCUCCAUACGAAAUGGCCAAGUCAAAGAUACAAUUGAAAUCCCACCGUUGACUCAGACAGUUAAAACCAGUGACGCGGAAACGUUUUUUGAUUACAUUGCUCAUCACAUUUCACUCUUUGUGAAAAAACACGACCUCUCUGACAAAUCACUGCCGCUCGGAUUUACGUUUUCUUUUCCAGUCAAGCAAUCAUCACUCAUAUCAGGGUCGCUGAUCAGAUGGACUAAGGGAUUUUCUGCCUCCGGAGUGGAAAACGAGGAUGUUGUCAAACUGCUCAAGGAAGCGCUUGUAAGAAAGGGAAUGAGUUCCACAGUGGAUGUUGUUGCCCUUGUCAAUGACACCACAGGCACAAUGAUGUCUUGUGCAUUCGAGAACCCUUUAGUCAGCGCUGGUCUUAUCUUGGGCACUGGAACAAACGCUUGCUACAUGGAGAGCCUUGAUAAUAUUCCUAAAUGGGACGGUGAUCAAGAUGAACCACGACAAGUAAUCAUCAACACAGAGUGGGGUGCGUUUGGCGACAAUGGCUCGUUGGAUCAUCUUCGCACAAAGUACGAUGAACAACUUGACAGAGAAUCCAGUAACCCUCGUGAGCAGAUAUUUGAGAAGAUGAUAUCUGGUAUGUAUCUUGGUGAACUUGCCAGAAUCGUUUGCAUGGACCUGGUCGAAAAGAAACUCCUCUUCAAAGGGCAAGUUACAGAAAAAUUCAGGAGAAAAAACAGUUUCCCUGCUGAGUUUGUGUCUCUGGUUGAAAGUCAAGAUGGGCACAAGAUAGAGGAGGUGCUAAAAGCAAUAGAAGUAGCGAAACAAGCCUCAGAAUCUGACAUCGAAAAUUUGCAGCGAGUUUGUGCUGCAGUAUCCCUGAGGGCUGCUAAAGUAGCUGCAGCAGGGGUGGCCACAAUUGUCAAGAAAACUGGUAACUAUACGACUACGAUCGCCGCUGAUGGAAGCCUCUUUAAGAGACACCCACAGUUCAAGAAUUACAUGCAAGAGACUCUCGCUGAAAUUUUGCCGGAAGCCGACAUCACCUUGAUGCUAUCUGAAGAUGGUUCAGGAAAAGGAGCAGCACUCAUUGCUGCUGUUGCAUCACAAAUGAAAAAACACUGAGUUGUAUUAUCUUUUGUAAUCGAAUAGGAGUCAGAUGGGACAUUAAGCCAGCGGUAUCACUACAAUGGUACAUGCUUAUUAAAUUAAAAGUUUUAGAGACAGUAGCUCAGCCUCGCAUUGGCGUUAUGGUUCAAUUUUAACCUUAGAUUUAAUUUUCUUUUUCUUUUUUUCCACGGAUGAAAUCAGGAAUUGUACGUCCGUUUGUCCGUGUCCUAACACAAAAGUCCCUAAUAAACAGACUGAAAAAUUA